AUGGUGUUCUUAUGGAUAUACUGUUCACGAAACAUGGUGUGAUUUGUUAGCAAAUUAGCGGCAAGAGGAGAGAAUUAGUUUUUCAUAAAAACGGUCGCACAGCCUAACACAACAUGGUGUCCAAGUAUGUCCGUCAUCCGCUGGUGCGCGGAAUGGUAACGUACGCUUUCCUUUGGCCCACGGCGAACUUGGUUCAGCAAACGCUUGAGGGCAAAAGUUUCGGCACGUUCGACUAUCGCCAGUGUGCUCGGUAUGCACUGUAUGGCUCGCUGUACGUUGCGCCAACGAUGUACGGCUGGGUGCGGAUAACUACCAUCAUGUGGCCACAGAUGAACCUGAGAACGGCGCUGUUGAAGGCGACGAUCGAGCAGGCCACCUACGGACCGUUCGCCGGUGCCAGCUUUCUCUACUUCAUGACGCUUCUGGAAGGCCGGUCGGCUAGCGAAGCGGCACGCGAAGUUUGUCUGAAAUUUCCCCAAACCUACACUGUCGGGCUGACCGUGUGGCCGCUGGUACAAACGAUCAACUUUGCCUUCGUGCCUGAGCGGAACCGGGUGCCGUUUGUUGCGGCAUGCAGCUUUUUAUGGACCGUUUUCCUUGCCUCCGUAAAACAGAAAGAUCCAUCGACAGAGGAAACGCAUAACCAAUAACGGUUAGCUUCCUGGCGCAAGGAAAUACUUUCAAUUUUAUCUGUAUUAGACAAAUUUCACUGUACCUAACAGACCAAAGAUCCGACGAAUGAUCUGAUUGUGGUUUAAAAGUAAAUUGAAUUUACAGACCCACCGUAAGGGAACAUUCCAGUUUUCCUAUCAAAUCGUGUAAAUAGUUGUUGUUUGCGUACCGAGUUUAACUCGCAUAGGACGAAACAAACCUAGGACAAUACAAAGCAUAGGAAUACAGUAUUUCGAAAUGUGCCUUCUUUGAGCAGAUUGAAAUGCUUGCAAAUAGUAACGAACAAAUAUUAAGGAACGAAUUGGACUACUUGUGCAGAAUGAAAACUCAUAAAAUGGGUUUCAGUAGGGGUGAAUAUAAAUUGUUUAAAAUAAAAGCGAGAACUCUACAAUGUGUAUUACACAUUUUAUUUGUACUCCAAGGUGUCGCGUGCGUUGUAAAAUACCAACAUCAUAAUCACCGAACGUGUCAAUAAUCUCAAGGUGAUGUACAUAUCAUAAAUGGAGGAUAAGUCACCUGUGUUGAGAUACUUGAAGUUGGUGGAAGUUCUAAGAACGAGUUUCACUCAGAAAAAUUGGUUUAAGUAGCGUAUUUACUAGUCCGACUUCGUCGCAAUUAUUUUAUUUUUUAAGUCAAUUACAUGCACACGGUAUUUAGAGUCAGAAAGUUGAA